UAAAUAACAAACAGCAAUGUCAACUGCCGUAAAAAAGCCGAGACGUUGUGUUUAUGAAUUAUUAAUAUAACAGAAAAGCAGAAAAUCUACCGCAACCUUAAAGCAUGCGGUAUGUUUAUUAUCUAUUCCGCUCCGAUAAGACGUAGUCAUCGUAACGGAAAGAGGAAAGUCCCAUAGGUAUGGGUGAAGGCGAGCACUGAAGAGCAGCGACCCAGAGGGAUCUCAGCUACUAUCGGUGAGAUAAUGAGCAUUUCCCCUCGUUGAGGAGCUCGAUCCGAAGGCGUGGUCCCACUUCACGCGUUUGUACGGAUUUGAAUCCAGUGUCCACCCCGAACGAGCAGACGUUGGACGACUGGAGAUGAAGGUUAAAGAGCUGAUGGUGGUUUUAUUCCUGCCUCAGGAAACCCCCUCUGACUGUGGAUGGUGAUCUGAGGCCAGCCGGCUGCGUGCCAGUCUACGCCGGCUGCGUGCCCGUCUGCGCCGGCUGCGUGCCCGUCUGCGCCGGCUGCGUGCCCGUCUGCGCUGGCUGCGUGCUAGUCACGUCCCUCUUUUCACCGGAGUGCAAAAUGGAUGCUGUAUCUGAGGCCAAGAGCAACCUGCACAUUCAGAUGGAUGGGCAGCUUUCUGCUUUAAGCUCCCCAAGCAGUGCAGAGUCCAGGAGCCACCGGGCGGAGGAGCAGCAGGCGAGGAGGAUACUGACGUCACAAUCCAACAGUGACCACUGUGGGGGGAUGGCAUGGAGCGGGUCCCAAGUAGCAUCUUUGGCUAAUGAAACAGAGUGCAGAGACGACAUUAAGGCAGGACAGGGGAAGCUCAAGAGAGAUGGGAGCUGUCAGGGCGAGAGUGUCGAGGGUGCAGGCCUACGGGGCUGCAUGGACGAGGGCGGCUCUUCCGUGUUUACUGGACGAGAGGUCAUGCCUCUGGUUAUACUGUCAGAGGCUGCAUGGAAUCCCAGUGGCAGUGGGAAGGAGCAGCCCUUUGAGGAGGUGCUCAUGAAGUCACAAACAGUGAAGCCAGAGACUGAUACUUCCCUGGGUCACCUCCCACACAAGGACACGGUGGUCCCGGUCCGGCUGCCAGAAAUGGAACCCAAACUGACGCAAAUGACCUCUAAAUCAAAGACGACCCAAAGUAAGAGAGCUGAGGCUGCUGGAGGCAGGCCAGUCCAGGCUGACCCUGCAAGCAGCGAUGGCCCAACUGAGCCUUUUCAGAAUGCACAUCAUGCUCAGAUCUACACAGAAAACCCAAAAAGGGAGGUAGCUGAAAGCUCCUCAGCAGAACAUCAGCGAGAAGGAUGGAGAUCAAAGAAAGAGCAGGGUGAAGAGAGGACAGGGGCAACAGGAGGUAGAGGAAACUGGCCACUCCAAAUGGAGGGAGACAGCACCAGCACUGAGGUGAAGCCUUCACCUGAGGACCACACAGAGACUCCCAAAGACAGCAAGAGUCCCUCACAUGAGUCACACAGGAGGGGCACCACACCUGAAAGCCAACAGAGUCCAAGUCCUCCUGCAGAAGCGUUUCAAAAUCCUCAGCCUUCUUCAGCAGAAAAGCAAGGGGCUUGGGAAAACCAUAACCUGCAGUUUAAGGAGGCAGCAACCAUGACAACCAGCACAGAGUGGGGUCCGCCCCCCAAGAGCAAAUGCCAGGAUGCAGAGGUGCAGACCAUAGCUGAUGUCUGCAGCAGGUCCACAGCCACAAGCCCGCUCCUCUUCCCGGCUUCUAUGUGCCAACACUCCUGUCGACUGGAGGAAGAGGACGCGGAAAUCCUCGCUGUCCUCAGUCCACUGAACUGUGGGACAUUCCAGGCAGCAUGCAGUGAGGAUUUGUCCAGCAGGAGUGGACGCGUCAGUGCGACGGACCCCCAGAUGUUUUCCCAGUGUCAGGUUCAUGUGGAGCCCACACUUCCUGACCACCAGAGAAUGCAGCCGAUGCUGCAGAAGGUGCGACUGGAGGCAGGGGCGUGCCAGAGCGUGCAGGCCAGCACGUUCUAUACAGCAACCUCGGGACCGAACUGUGGACUGAAGGCGACAGCAGACACAGGAAGGCUGCCCCUCCGUUCUGGCUUUGCACCUUUACAGCCGGUCUAUCAGAUAAAUAUACAGGCAAACAGGAUUCCUGAAAUCGGGAUCUGCGGGAAGGACUCACCGCCAACGACUUCACCACCUCGUCAGACCAGGUCAGAGCACAGCAACGGAAACCACGUGGCGAAUUCACAUGGAGGCCCUGCUCCAGAGUGUUUACCGCCCCAGGAGCCACCUGUCCCGCGAGAUCCGCUUCCUCCCAUGAAAGGAAGCGGGUCAAAAAAAACAAGAUUACAAUUUGUUCUGGAAAAUGACCAGACCGUGGUGUCAAAAAACAGUAAGAAUUCAGAGCAUGAGGCAGAUCCCCAUGACAGCUGGGCUUUCGGGCUGGACCACGACCAGGAGACAGCACUGAGCAAACCGGGAGCAUUAAGCCACCCCCCUAGGAAUGUGGGGGAGGAGCAGGAGCUGGGGGAACAGGGGAGCUCAGCACGGAAGCGGAGCGAGUGUGAGCCCGUGCAGGAUGUGGUGUGGGACGAGCAGGGCAUGACGUGGGAGGUGUACGGGGCCUCUCUGGACCCCGAGUCCCUGGGUUUUGCCAUUCAAAGCCACCUGCAGUCCAAGAUCAGGGAGCAGGAGAGGAAGGUGAGGGCGAUCCGGAAGUCCAUCUGCUCGGAGAGCUCGCAGGGCAAGAGGGGUGGGAGGAAGUCACGCAAUGUCUUCCGGGUCCUGCUGAAGAGCGUCCGCCGUCCCGCCUGCUGCGGUCGCCCGCGCUCUUCGGCGGUUCUGGACUGAAGGCCGGGCUCGUGGCUGCACCGCCUCCUGACUGUGUCACAGGUCAUGACCCUGCUCACUUCACCCCCCAUGGACGAAUCACACACCUCAACAGCCCCCACCAAAAAUACAUCGCCAGUCGAGGUUAGAAAGUGGAACCGCUGUGGUUAAAAUCUGUGUUGUGGUCAAUUUACGAUAUGCAAGAGUUGAAACAGUAUUUAAACUGCAAUAAGACGAGUGUUCUGCAUGCUUGUGCAUGCGCGUGUGUGCGCGUGUGUGUGCGUGUGCAUAUGUGCACAUGCGUGCUUCCAUGUCCCUUGGCCAGGGCAGUACCACACACCGUCUGCAGUACCCUCAGAUCUUCAGAAAACGCGGGCAGCUGGACUCCAUGCAGCACUGAUGUCGGGGGCUGCGCUUCCUGCUAAACCCUCCGCCAGAGUUCACCUUUAUUUACCCCCCGUUCACAGUGUUGUUCCCACAGGUUCGCUAAACUGAGCCAUUACAUUAGUGCUGAUUUCUUGUCAUUGUCUGGUUACUGUCUACGUUCAUGACAAUUAAACAUCCCUUUUCUGCAUACAGUUUUCAUGAAUGGUUUAUAUAUUUGGUAUUUGGUGGCUUUGUGUGCAUCACAGAUAUCCAGGCUCUAGGCACCUACACUGAAAGCCAUCUGAAAAGGUAUUUUUUGACUGUAGUUACUUGAAGGAAGGUCUUUAGUUUCUGGACUAAUGCAGAACACAAAUAAUCAUUUGUUUGUACAUAAGAAAGUUGUAGCCUCAAAAUGUUUUUCUGCAAUAAGCUCUGGUCUGUAGUGCUUCCACUAGUGACAAUCAGAAUGCUGGCUUAUUGUUAAACUUUAGCGAGAACAAUAUUCCAUGUACUGUCAGUGACCCUAAUAAAUGCAGUGGUAAUUUUA